ACACAUCCUCAAGUUCUUAGCUCACACAACUACAACCAGAACUCCACGCGUGACGGCAGAGGACCAACAACUCACGAGGAUGCCACUAACACACACUCACCAUAACAUUUCUGAGGUCUGUCCGAAAUAACCAGUAAAUGGUGACCGGCGCGUUGGACGCUGAAUGGGAGUAAAUUCACGGGAGGAGGCGUAAAGAAACAACCGGGGAGCGACUCUCAUUCAACACCGCGCUUUUCUUUGCGUGUGGCGUUUUCGAGUGUAGGAUUUUCAGUGGAUUCUUUUGUAUCUGGAUUGUUCGUGGAGGGAGAGAGUCGGGAAGCGUAGUUUUAUUGAGCCAUGAAGAAGAACAGUUCGUCAAAGCGGGGCCCUCAGGAUGCCAAUCAACAGCCUGUGCAACCCGACAAAACUGGCUGGAUUCGCAAGUUUUGUGGCAAAGGAAUUUUCAGGGAAAUUUGGAAAAACCGAUUUGUUAUAUUGAAAGGAGACCAACUCUUCAUUUCUGAAAAAGAGGUAAAAGAUGAGAAGAAAAUCCAGGAGGUGGUGGAUCUCACAGACUAUGAGAAGUCUGAGGAGCUUCGUAAGGCCAAAAGCAGGAGCAAAAAAAACCACAGCAAGUUCACACUUCUGCGCUCACGGCAGCCAGGCAACACGGUCCCAAAUCUGGUGUUUCUAGCUGUCAGUCCGGAGGAGAAGGAGUCAUGGAUCAAUGCUUUAAAUGCAGCCAUCACCAGGGCCAAGAAUCGCAUAUUGGAUGAGGUGACGGUGGAAGAGGACAGCUUGUUGGCCCAUCCGACGCGUGACAGAGCUAAAAUACCCCACACUCGCCGUCUGCCCACCCGCGGGCACCUCAUGGCCGUGGCUUCUACCACAAACUCAGAUGGCAUGCUGACACUGGAUCUCAUCCAGGAGGAGGACGUCCCAGCAGAACAGGGUCAGGCCUCUGGUGAGGAUACUGUGGAUAAAGCCUCAUCUAGGCGUUCCCCAGAUUCCCAACGCUCCAAGACGGACACCUCCAAGCUCUCAUCCUCCAAUGAGACAGCAGGAAAGUCCCAAAGCCUACCGCGGAAAAGCGAAAGCGCCUUCGAUUGGUCGGAGAACCACCGGACGCCACAGCUCCGCAAAAAACCAGCCACAUCCGAGAAGAACCGCUGCGCCUCCAUGGACGAGAUCCUGACGCACUGUGAGGCGCGAGCUCUUCCUCACUGCUCCACGUCUGCACCCGUGCAGCCCAUCAGCCAGCUCCAGGACCUCAUCACACUGAAGCUGGAGAGAACUCAGGAGCUGCUAACCGAGGUGCGGGCGCAGGGCAAAGGAAAGGGCUCUCCGGCUGGGAAGAGCUCCAGUCCCGAGGGUAAGCGGAAGGAGGCCGAGCGGCUCCUAGAGGAGGCCGCGUCUACAUGGGGUCAGGCUCGGGACGUCCUGGAGGAAGUGAAAGAACUCCGAGCUUUAUACAAGCAGCUUGACUCUUCUGCCACAAUCAGUCCGACACAGAACGGCAAACUGAACAGCCCUCAACAAGCCAACCACCGAAAAAGCAUGAUGUGAGGUCAUAUUUCAAUGCACUCUUCCUGCUUUAGCAUUGCUGGAAUCAACGAAUACCAUGAGCUAUACCUGUAUGUACGAAUUGUUCAAGGGCAAAUCUAGUUUCUUCCGCUCCCUGAUAUCAACAGAAAUCCAAGGGCCGGUGGGUUUUUAACCAAACACAAACUGUUGCGCUGUAUCAGUUUUCACAGUGGUGUCAACUUGGGACUGUAAAAGCUUCAGGGUGAGAAACAGCAGAUGGCGGUUGUCAUCACCAGUCUUUCGCAAUGUGAAUGUUUUCAUAAUACACUGGAGGAGCUUAGUUUAGAUCUGGCCAGGUCUGUUUUACUCCAUGGGUCAUUUUUGUAUGUAGUAAUAAUAAUAAUAAUAACAACUCCCAGCACACUUGCUCUACUGUUAACACAAACCAAGCUCAUAAUAAGAUGCAAUCAGCCAAAGGCGGAUUGGCGGAAAGGCUCACGGAAAGAGCACUCGUCACAUGGGCUCUUAAUAGUGAACAAAGCCAUUGAACAUGAACACAGAUGACGUCUGGUGCCAGUGUUGAAGAAACAGCUGCCAUUAAAGAUGAGGCUCCAUGCAGUAAAGGAAAGGAUGAAUAAUUAUUAAACAUUUGCACUAUAUGGAGAAUGCUGUAAAACGAGAGUGACACUGGCAAGCUAUCUUUUCAAACCUAAGAGGCAGAACAGACAAUCUACUGUAGGGAAAUAUGGGUCGUGUAGCUCAAAGUCUUUACACCUAAGUGGUAUUUCCGAAAAAAAAAUGAUGGUAUCUUUGGAAAUCAAAAGCUGCCUUAGAGUAUUUUCAAAAGGGCACAUGCAAACUGCAUUUUAAACUCUGCAAAGACUCUGAAUGAACGCUUGUAUGUUUCAAUUUUCAGAAAUUUGCCUACAAGUUGCCUGCACCGCGAGAGAUGCUUUCAAAGCAGGAUUUUAUUAUUUGCUUUGCAGGAUUUUUUUGUCUUUGGGGGAUCUAUGCAAGGUUGCAUGGGUGAAUCUCAUGAAACAUGUCAAAAACGCUUCACAACAUCAUUUCUUACAAAGAACAGAAUUUAUAUUUCCUUAAGAAAGUAAAUGCAGCUUAUUUUUUAUGGAUUUUUAUUUUUAUGCAAUUGUAUUUUUUCCAUUUUUAUGCCAUUUAUUUUGGACAUUUAAGCCCAAUCCCAAUUCUACCCCUUAUAGAGCUGCGCAUUUUGGGGAAAAUAUCUAAUUGCGAUUUUUUUCUCACAGAUAUUGCGAUUUAAUUUGAUAGUCAAGAUUCAGCUCAAUAAUAUGUAUCCUAGCUUCUGACUGCAGUGAGCGUUAAAAAAAUAACUUAAAACUUAUUAACUUACUCCAACAUUUACUAGAUUGAGUGUCAUAAGCAACACUAUCAGUUGACUUUUUAGCAAGAUACUCCUCAUAUAGGCCUCUGUGGUGCUUUUUUAGGUGCUGGUUGUUGUAUUUCCUCAUAAUGUGGCAACAAUUCUGCGGCAGCUCUUACAAAUGACCUGUUUUUGUUCGAUGUCUGUGACUUUGAAAUCACAAUAUUCCUAUAUUACUGACGUGCGUGUUUUAUUUGAUAUGAAUUCGUCUAUUAAUGCUUCUGAAGCGGCAAACGCCAUCAUCCCACUGUUUACUGUUUGUUUUUUUUAUUGUGGGUGUUCCGCUUAGUAUGGUUGCGCAAUUCUGAUUGGACAGAACGAAUGUGUCCUCACUCAAUUGGCUAGUAAGACUGUCACGCUCAGACAGCAGUCACGCAUUUGCUCUGGGCAGGAGAAAUUAAAUAAUACAUUUAUAUAUUUCAUAUCGCAGCAUCUUGUGAUUAGAUAAUCGCAAAAUUUCAGAUCGCGAUUCGAUUUCGAAUAAUCACACAGCCCUAACCCCUUAACCCAUUUCUUUUUGCGCGUUCACAUGAAGGGGUAGGGGUGUCCCAAUUCUCUUUAGCUUGAAGGCGUAGGGCUAAAGGGAAGGGCUAGAUACCCCUUGACACAGAGAUUUUUUCAGGACCACACUUUAAACCAAGGGGUAUGAAAAUACACCACCUACAGCGGAGACAUGGCUGCACAUGCAAGUCAGGAGAUAAACAAAUUAGUAUUUUUUUGUCAUUAUUACGAUUUUAUACAACAAACAAGCACAUGCUUUAAUACACUUAUAACCGUGUUCGUGUUUUACCUAAAUUUGGCUAUCUAUAAUCCCUAAUAAUAACCCCUGUAUAGUAGUCCCACAACAUUCUGUCACUCUAUGGUACUCAGAUACCCUGUCAGUAAUGUCUAGUGGCUGGGAAUGACCUUUUUACAGUGUCUAGUAUAAUGUUAAUGUUGUUUCUGUGUGUUUACAUGAAUAUGGUCACGCACAGUACAGUACAGUUACGAUCUUAUUGCCACAUUAUAUUGAUAUAUUAACAUGAUAUCAUUGCCUUCUGUCGCCGUCAUCGAUCUCAUAUGAAGCAAGAGUUCGCGGUGACAUUUGAUGAUGUGUGCGGUUGCUAUAGCGCUAUCCCGUUUCUUAGAGGUAAAUUUUGAAGCAAUUCCCCUACACACUCUGUUUCAAGGGCCAAGGGGAAGGGGUACAAAAAUAGAAUUGGGAUUGGGCUUUAAUGAUAAUGGUCAAGCAGAAUUCAGUUUCUUAAUGCAAAACAAAAUUAGCAGUUUCGGGAGUAAAAUGUGACAUGCUUUCAUGAGAUUCCCCCACAUGAGCUUGAAAAACCCACAGGAAUCAGGAGUUGCUGGCAGUGUGCAGUAUGCUAUUGCAUUCAACAACCAAAGGGUAUGUCUUGCCAGUAUAAAAACCACCUUGUUUUACAGUUAGUAGCUAAAUAAUGUGUUUGCACAAUUCUAUUGGUACAGGUCAACCUGUUCUGUUACGAAGACUUGAUAAAAAAAAAAAAACAGUGUUAUAUUUUUUGUACAUGUUAUUGUAAAGUGCUAUUUUUGUUUUUGUAGAGAAAGACUUUGAGGAGAGUUUUUGCUUUUAAAACGUUUGACUUCCCUGAAAACACAACCGGACUUUUCCUCGCUUCUGGAAACUACAUGUACGCUUCCAAAGGUAAUAAAGCACAAAGACGGUCAUUUCGUUUAAGUACAGGUGAACGCUUUAAAUGUUAUUCAUUACCCCUCUCAUUUGAAAUUCUAUUGUCUCGCAUUAUCGCCACGCAGAUGCCAAAGGUUUUCUGUACCUCGCACGCUCUUAUCUGAAACACAGCGCUGCUGUUGUGGGAUCUUUUCAGGUUUAAUCAGAUGAACUGCUUUUGUUUGGUCAGCUGCUGGUGUGUUAUGAUCUGAUUUUUCUGACAGCGCCAGCGGAAGGUGAAUCGAAUUACGCGAGCAUCUGUCAGGUAUUAGAUUACAUAAACCCAAUCUUUCCCACAGGAGAACAGAAACAAAAGCCAAACUACACCUGUACUUCAACAGUCGUGCUCAUUUACGACACGUUUACUUCAUGUUGACUAUGUGAUCGCUUAGAGCUGAUGUUUCCUUCACGCUUUUACUUUUCAGCUAUUUAUGUAUGCCAUACUAUUGUUCAUCCGCUCUUUUUGUCUUGCAGACGUUUGAUAAAAUGUGAAUGAAGAGGAAAAUCUCUCUGUGUUAUUGUGGUCAGACUAGUUAUUUUGCAUAGGGACAUUACAUUUGUGAGCUAGUGCGUCACACUGCCACUGGCGAAAAAAAAAGUCUUAUGCAAUCAGAAAGGAACAAACCAUUGAGUCGGCCAUUGAAAACCUCAAUGUUUUCAGCAUUUUUUCAAUUCCGUUUUACAUAAACACACGCGAUCUCUCAGAUGGACGGUUCAUUACAAGCUGCUGGUCAACAACUCAGAUACUCGCUUUCGAAUCAUGUUCAUAUGGACGGUUGUAAAAAUCUCUGUGUACAUUAUUUCACAUUUCUGUAGCUAAUUGUAAAUGGUGGUCGGUUUUUGAAGAGCAGAAACCUGUGCGUGGCUGUUUGUAAGCUCAGGACAGGAUAAUCUCUGAUGUACUUGAGACACAACCACUUGUGCAAUUAAAGUGAUCCUCAUUUGA